AUGAAAGGUUUAUCAGACAGCGUCGGGUCGAACAGCUACAAUUUAUACCCAGCUUGCAAGCACGCCAGCGUAGCCAUCACACACUCUGUUCGUCGCGAAUUAUCCCAAGCAAAAAUUGCCAUUAAAAUUACGAGCAUAAGUCCCGGUCUGGUUAAAACAAAUAUAGCAAGUAAGACGAAUUUAAAAAAUCUCUUUGAUGAAAUUCCAGCUCUGGAACCAGAAGACGUUGCUGAUGCUGUACUUUAUGCUCUUGGCACACCGCCUCAUGUACAAAUUUCCGAGCUGACUAUCCAGAGAACUGGGGAGCCUUAG